AAAACUCAACAAGUUGAAAUUCAAUCAGCAAAUUCAAUAAGCCAAGACAGGACAGAUGAGCACAUAAUGUGGCCUCCAUUUCAACAUCAUCCCUCACCACCUUCUCUUCUUCUUUGAUUGCAAAAGGAUCACAGUUUUCCAAUGCUUCUCAUUCAUUUCUACUUUUGAAUUCCUUCUCAGCUCAAUCUUUCUUAUCAAUGGAGGUUUUAUCUCAUCCUCUUUCUAAUGUUUUUUAUUCUAACCCUAAUUUCGCAAUUUUCCGCAAAAAAUCGCACCAUUUUCUCUUUUCUUAUUCAUAUAUUCGUCAUAAAUCCUUUUUUUCUCCUCCUAAUAGCUUUAAUUUCCGCAAAUGUGCUGUAAAAUCAUUAGCUUCUCAGCAUCGUAAUAACCAUGAUUAUGAUCAUGAUCAUCAUCACCAUAGUAAUAGUCAAGGUCAUGAUCAUGGCCAUGAUCACCACCACCACCAUCAUCAUUGCCAUAAUUGCGGAGGGGAAACCAAGCUGAGCAAGUCUCAGGAACGGGUGUUUCGGGUGGCCAAAGCCAUAGGUUGGGUGGACUUGGCGAAUUACUUGAGGGAGAAUAUGCAAUUGUGUAUCUGUUCAAUGGGGUUGUUUCUUGCUGCUGCUGUUUCUCCUUAUUUGGUCCCUAAACCUGUCAUUAAACCCUUGCAAAAUGCCUUCAUUUGCCUGGCUUUUCCUCUUGUUGGGGUUUCAGCAUCACUAGAUGCGCUAAUUGACAUUUCUGGCGGAAAAGUCAACAUUCAUGUCCUCAUGGCCCUUGCAGCCUUUGCAUCAGUUUUUAUGGGGAAUCCCUUGGAAGGCGGACUUCUCAUUGCAAUGUUUAAUUUGGCUCAUAUUGCUGAAGACUAUUUUACAAGUCGGUCAAUGUUUGAUGUUAGAGAAUUGAAGGAGACUUAUCCAGAUUCUGCUCUUGUGCUAGAUUUGGACAAGAAUGAGACACCUAACUUCUCUACUUUAUCGUACAAAAAGGUUCCUGUGACUGAAAUUUCCGUUGGCUCAUAUGUGUUGGUUCAAGCUGGUGAGUUUGUGCCCGUGGACUCUGUAGUAUCACAAGGAAGGUCAACAAUCACCAUAGAACACUUGACUGGGGAAGUGAAACCUAUAGACAAAAGUGUUGAAGAUAGUAUUCCUGGCGGAGCCAGGAACUUAGAUGGCAUGCUGAUAGUGAAGGCUACAAAAACAUGGAAGGACUCCAUGCUAAGCCAGAUUGUGCAAUUGACUGCAGAAGCCCAUCACAGUAAACCAAAGCUUCAGAGGUGGCUGGAUGAAUUUGGCGAACGAUAUAGUAAGGUGGUUAUGGUUCUAUCAGUUGCUGUUGCACUCCUCGGACCUCUUAUUUUCAAAUGGCCAUUUCUGAGCUCAUCUGGUUGCAGGGGAUCAAUUUAUAGAGCUUUGGGACUUAUGGUUGCGGCUUCUCCUUGUGCCUUGGCUGUGGCUCCAUUAGCAUAUGCUACUGCAAUCAGUGCUUGUGCUAAGAAGGGUAUACUGCUGAAAGGUGGCCACGUGUUUGAUGCUCUAUCUUCUUGUCAUACCAUUGCAUUUGACAAAACUGGAACACUGACGACUGGAGAGCUCAAGUGUAAGGCAAUUGAGCAAAUCCACGGCCAUCAUAUUGGUGAUGAUAAAUCAGAAAUCAGUGCUUGCUGUGUCCCCACUUGUGAAAAAGAGGCUUUGGCUGUAGCUGCUGCCAUGGAAAAGGGUACUACUCAUCCUAUUGGAAGAGCUAUUGUUGAUCAUUGUACGGGCGUUGAACUCCCUUCUGUUUCUGUUGAAAAUUUUGAAUCAAUACCCGGUAGAGGUCUUUUUGCCACGGUAUCUGGUAAUGAGUCUGGAAUUGGAAGAGGUCAACUAGUAAAAGCUACGUUGGGUUCUGUUGAGUAUAUUGCUUCACUCUGCAAAACUGAAGAUGAGUCACAAAAGAUUAAGGAAGCUGUGAGCACAUCAGCCUAUGGAAACGAAUUUGUUCAUGCCGCUCUUUCUGUGAAUGAGAAGAUAACAUUAUUUCAUUUUGAGGAUGAACCACGACCUGGAGUUGUUGAUGUCAUUAGAUGGUUACGCGAUCAAGAAAAGUUCCGAGUAAUGAUGUUAACUGGUGAUCAUGAAUCAAGUGCGUUGAGAGUUGGGAAUGCUGUGGGAAUCGCUGAAAUCCAUUGUGGCCUGAAGCCUGAAGACAAACUUAAUCAUGUUGUGCGUAUAUCAAGAGAAACAGGCGAAGGCCUUGUAAUGGUUGGAGAUGGUAUUAAUGAUGCCCCAGCUUUAGCUGCUGCUACUGUCAGUAUAGUUCUUGCUCAACGUGCUAGUGCCACAGCCAUAGCUUUUGCGGAUGUGCUUCUCCUGCAAGAUAACAUUUCUGGUGUUCCAUUCUGUAUAGCCAAAGCUCGCCAAACAACUUCACUGGUCAAACAAAAUGUAGCCCUUGCACUAUCUGCUAUCAUUUUGGCCUCUCUACCAUCUGUCUUGGGAUUUCUUCCACUGUGGCUAACAGUUCUUCUUCAUGAGGGUGGUACUCUUAUCGUUUGUGCCAACUCGAUACGCGCUCUAAAUGAUCCCGCAUGGUCCUGGAAGCAAGAUCUUCAUCGUGUACUUGAUAUUUUCAAAAAUUUUAAUACACGGCAACAAAUCCCCAGCUCAGGCACUAUUCAAACAGCAGAUUCACACUAAGGUGCUUUCUUGCUUUUUCCAUUUUGAAGCUUACAAUAUAAUGAAUGUAGAUCCAGUAUAGUUAUUUUGUACAUGAACCAUCUAUGAAAAUAUAAACUAGAAUUAGUGCUCCCACUUUCUCUAUCUCAGCCAUUACCUUUGUAAAGUCUAGUAUAGUCAAUUCAUAGCUGGAUCAUCCUCCUCUUACAGUAACCUGCUACUGUUUGAUUCCAAGUUUCUAACCCAUUAAACUAUUAAGUGUUUAGCUUUCGUUGUAUAUUUUUUGGCCACAAAAUUAGUGGCCAACUGUCAAAACGUUCCAUUUUUUCACAUUCUACUGCUGUUUUCCAUUCAUUCUCUCUUUUUUUCAUUUUGUUCCGUCUCUUUUGUUAUUCAAAUAAUAGUAAUCGUAUCCCUCGACUUCUUUUUGUCCAAACAUAGCACAAAUAUAAUCAAAUUAAAUGCGGUGACAACUGGCAUACAGUUGAUGAGUCAGGAAAGGGGGUUAUAUUCCAUAGAAAUUGAAAACUCUGCAAAUUAACGUCAUGUUUUAUGUUGGGAGUUGAAAGGUUGACAUCAAAAGACGGCUAAGAUUGGGGCCGUUUACCAAGUCGUCUUCCUUGUCCCCUAUCUCACUUAUUCAGUUGAGUUUUUCAAAUAAGGAUGUUACUCUUAGUUGUACAUUUAUUGUUCCAAAGUCCAAACCAAUUACCCUUUUUCUUUGUUUGUUGUGUUGUUUGGUGGAACUUGCAUGUAGAAAUAGAAGUACUUUUCUGUCCUUUUAAGUUUGCUAUUGAAAGUGAUAUGUUGUAUCAUGUUAUGCUGAAAAGUGUAACUUUUGAUAGAAAACUUAAAAGAGACAAACGGAUCACUGAUGAAGUAUAUCAUGUCUUUGGUUUAUUAUCCAAUGAAAAUAUCUUAUGUUUUACCCAUACUUUUUUUUUCUUUACUUGUGGAUGUUAGUUACUUAAUUUUAGUUGAAAAGAUUUGAGUCAUAAUCAAAACUCUGCAUAUCGAACCACCCUGAUUUUGACCUUCCCACUUAUUUAAUGAGAUACAUUGUCGUUAAAUGAACUGAUAUUAGUUAAGAAGUUAGGAAUAAUUGUAGUAGACAGUAGUAUACUAGUACACCAUAACUCAAAAAGAAAAAAAGAAAGUAUGCUAGUAACACCAUAUUUUAUUUAAGUACAAAAAUUUUUAUGUACGUAUCCAAGGGCAAAUAAUAAUAUAUACAUACGCAUGAAAAAAUUUACACAAAACUCCUGUAUUGCUAGUUUGGAAUCACUAAUUCACUAUCACUAUCUUUGUUGCUCUUUGAUGCAUUAUGUACAUUUGUGUACAUUUGCUAUAUGGCUACUCUCUCUGUCUCCAUAUAAUCACCUAAAAUUUUUUGGGUGAAAUUUAGUGAAAAGAGAAAUUAAUUUGGAGAAUAAGAUAAAAAUUAAGUAGAUGAUAGAAAUGAGUGGUUAAAAUUAAGAGAGAUAAUAAAUUUGUAAAUGAGAUUAAAAGAUAGAAAGAGAGACUAUUGCCAAAAAAGAAAAGAUGUAAAAUGAGUGGAAAAAAAUAAAAUGGAAAGUAAUGCGAAUCGAGAGGGAUGGAGAAAUUAAAGUUAAUAAUUUAAAUAAUCAUUGGAAUCAUAAGUAUAGCUAGUUUUGUUUUAUGUGCCAAUUAUAUAUCAUUAUUAUUAUACUUAAUGUAUCCUGCUCAUACAAGUUAUGGUUAGGGACUAUUGAGGGAUGGAAGACAGUAUACUCUACCCUUAUCGAAGGAUAUAGUAAGGUGGUUGCGGCCAAUGAGACCUUCAAUUUUAAAGGCCAAUGAGACCUUCAAUUUUAAAGAACUUGCAAAAGAAAAUAAAAGGCAAAACAAGACAAGUAGCAAUUGUGUCUAUGAAGUUUGAUGGUUCAGAUUUAAAAAAAUAUUUUGCUGAUCUUUCAAAUUAUUAAUUACCAAUACUAAUCCUUAUAAUUAGAGACUAGGAGAAUUAAUGUGAUUGCUACUCAUAACACUUGAAAGCUUGGUUCUAAUAUAUUGUACUGAUUGAGGAAUAAUGCUUUAGGAGAGGAGUAAAAGUUAUUAUGAUAAAAAAUAAAAAAUUUGAAUAAAAUAAAUGAAUACAAUUUAUUUUAAAAAAUAUGAUAUGAAUUAGAUUGGAAAACAACAGACUAAAAUAAACUUCUAUUAUUUUAAUUUAAAAUAAAAAAAUUGAAACUAAAAUACAAAUUAAUAUUGGUUUUUUUUUUGUUUGAUUUGGUUUUAGGGAAAAAUCAAACACCCACCUCUACUAUUAGAUCUAAAGAAACAAUUUUCUUUCACUUAUUUUUAAUAAUUUCUUUAUAAUGAAAACUCAAAAUUAAAAUUACAUACAAUAUAAAUAAUCUAAAAUAACUUGUUUAUAGCCAAGUUAGGCUAGAGAAACGAUUUUACUAUUUGAAGAUUUUAAUUUUUAUACGUACACCAUUUUGGAUAGAAAACUCACAAUUUGAAGAUAGCAAUUUUAGUUGGCUUGUGUAUGACAAUAAGAAUAUUGGAAGGGAAUCAAUCUAAUGAUGGUGUGAAUAUUAAAACAAUGAUGCAAAGGGGAAGGCAAAAGGCAACUGCCAAUUCACUCCUCCGUUUUUAUUUAAUAUUUUUAUAUUUCAUUUUACACAAUUUUAUUUUUCAUUAGUUUACCAUAAUUUAUUUUUUUAUUGUUUAUGGUCUUUAUAUACUUUUCAUUAAUUUUGUUUUAAUAUUUUUAUCAUAUUUAUGGUUCUUAUAUAUUUUCAACUAAUUUUAUUUUAGCAUUUUUUUUAAUCUAUGGUCCUUAU